UACCGGGAAGUUUUGUAGCAAAGCCAUAACACGCGACAACCCCACCACGUCAUUGCCUCUCCGACCGAGUCGGCGCUCUUUUGGUGACUUUUCGACCACUCACGUCUCGCUCGUUGUGCCAAAACUUUGGCAAUAUUUCCACGACGGACACCUCGUAAAUUAGGCUGACCAGGGGCAUCUUUGACGCAUUUUCAGAAACGUCACCAGUCAUUAUUCCUGUCUUUCCCAAUAACUGCGCACUCUCAGACGGCAGAGACCCGAUUGGGCCUCGAAUACCCCUCUCUCAAGCCCCGUCAGAACCGACCCGAACCAACAAGAAGCAAGGCCCACCAACAUUAUCCAGGCUGCCGCCCUGCAUCACUGACAACGCUGCUCUGGACAAACGGACAAACAACAAGUCUUGCAUCCGUCGACCGCGACCGUAACUAUUGUCAACAUAUCAACUGUUGCCCGCGACUUCGUUCCUUCCAAGCCACCGAACCCCCGCGCUAGCGCCUCGAACCCCGGCCCGGGCGGAAGGAGGAAACAAUCGCCAGAUUUGCACCGCAAACCAAGCGGAGCACUUUGUCUCCAUCGCUUGUGCACAUAUAAAAGUCACGCCGACUGAGAAAAAGGCUCGGACUGGUACAACCCGGGGAACAGAAAGUACAAAAUGCCUUUGACAGCGGUCCAGAAGACUCUGUCGGCACAGUUCGUUCAGAUGACGGCAACCAACGACAAGGUUGCGCAAAAGUUUUUAAAGAAUGCCAACUGGAAGCUGGACGUUGCGGCCGAUGCAUACUUCAGCAGCAAUCCCAGCAUGGCCACAAGCUCAUCAUCUAAGCCAAAACUAGACAAGAUGUUCAGCGAUCUACAAGAUACACAAGAGGACUCACCUGACGAGCUAGGAGCAGGCUCCGCGAUUGAGUAUGCUUCGAGCUUAGGCGUUGACCCGGAGAGCGUCGGCAUCUUUGUGCUCAUGGAACUGGUGAAAGCUCCAGCUUUUGGUGUCAUUACCCGUUCAGGAUUUAUUGAAGGGUGGCAAGCUACCAAUGCCCCGGCAUCCAAAUCAGGACAGAAAGACUACAUACAGAGUCUUAUCAGGAAUUUGCCACAUGACCACGAGCUCUUCAAGAGGGUCUACAGGCAUGCCUUCAUUGCUGGAAGGGAAACACCAGAGCAACGCGCUUUGCCACUUGAGAAUGCUCUUGUAUACUGGCAAUGCUUCUUUGGUUCAGAAAUGCCACACAGCAAGCCGUGGGUGGCAAAGUCUAGCCAAAGUGGGGGAACGACAGAUUUCCUCGAUCUUUGGACAGAGUAUCUCAAGAACAACUGGUCGCGGACGGUUUCCAAAGACAUGUGGAACCAGACUCUCGACUUUGCUGUCAAGAGCACUGCGGACUCAACAUUGAGCUUCUGGACACCAGAGGGAUCAUGGCCAUCCGUCAUUGAUGGUUUUGUUGAGUGGCUUCGCAGCAAGGGAAUUGGAGUCGCAUCAGGCAUGGAGGUCGACUCUUGAUGUAUUCAUCGACACUUGAUAUCAUGACAGCUGGUCCUAGGACACAAUCUAGAGGGUCUUGGCCCCCUUGAUAGCGGAGGAGUGUUCCUGAGUGCAUGAAGGUGGCUUAUACUGCACCAUUUAUCGAAGACUGUGAUCUGAACGUGUCCUCAAAAUUGGUGGCUACUGACGCAGUACGCAGUAGGUUAUACCCUAUACGCAGCGAUUUUGACGAAGCAAUAG